AUGAUUUAUGAAAAAGGUAAAUUAGAGACUGAAGGAAACUAUGAUGUCAACGCUUCUAGCAAGUUACUUUAGACCUAAAAUGAUUUCAACUAAAUUUUUAUAGAGAAUUGUGAUGUAGAGGGUGAUUAAAAAGUUAUUAAAAUUGAAGCAUAUAAAAUUUCUGUCUCUAAAAUUAUUCUGAGCACUGUCUUAUCUAUCAUAACAGGUACAGUUUUUGCUUUGAUAUUGAGAAAUUCAUUGAGAAUCAGACUAAAAUCUAUUUAUAAUAAGUCUGAUAUUGAUCAAGCCACUCACUUCUUGAUAACUAACUUUGAUGGAAGCUAGGACAUAGUUAAAAGAAUAAACAGUGAAUCUAAAAAUAGCAUUUUAUUCAUAAAUCGCCACAUGAAAUAUAAGUACUUUGAUGACGGAAACAAAAAAGCAUUUUAUCCUGUAUAUUAUCAUUAAAUUGAAAAACAAACUCUAAGAGAAAUCAACAAGAUACACUGUCAAGGCCUAAGUGACCACAAAGUAGAAACUCACUUGAAAAAAUAUGGAAACUGCUAAAUUUAAGUCCCUAUUCCUACUCUCUUUGAAUAUUUAGUUGAUGUUCUAACUAAAAUUUUCUAUAUUUUUCAAUAUAUUAGUGUACUAUUUUGGAUUUUAGAAGGCUUUCUUCAAUUUGCUAUAGUAAUGAUUUGUGUAUCUAUUGUUAUUACUUUAAUUAACUACUACUUGCUAAGAAUAUCUAUGAAUAAGUUGAAAAAGUUUGCAAAAAUAGAUCUAAAAUUGAGAGUAAUUAGAAACGGUGAAGAUUAAACUAUUAAUUCAGUAGAUUUACUACCAGGCGACGUAUUUUAUUAUUAGAAUAAUAUGUAGCUCCCUUGUGACUCGCUUCUUCUCAGUGGAGAUGUCUUAGUAAAUGAAAGCUCUCUUACAGGUGAAUCUAUUCCUGUACCAAAGGUAAGCAUUUAAUAAAAUGAGCAAUAAGAUGAGUUUUUCAACAUAGAGACUAUGAAAAAUAAUGUCUUAUUUGAAGGCACAAGAGUUAUUUAAAUUAAAGGAGAACAAAUUUAUGGUAUUGCUUUGAGAACAGGAUAUGCUUCAUUUAGAGGCAGUAUGUUUAGAGCAAUGCUUUAUCCUAAAGCAAUUGAGUUCUAUUUUUACAGAAAUGGUAUUUAUUUUAUUUUGGUGCUUAUUUGUUUAGCUAUGAUAGCUUAUCUCAUCGAGCUUUACUUUGUGAUACAAGUAAAACUUCCAACAGUCCUUAUCAUUUACAGAAUAUUUGAUGUUUUAACUUGGAUUAUACCUCCAGCUCUUCCUAUUUUUUUCAGUAUUUGCUAAACAAUUUCUUUACUUAGAUUAGGCAAAAAACAAAUUCUUGCUACUGACCCAGCUAAAGUUGUUGUUGCUGGAGAUGUAUCUAUCAUGUGCUUUGAUAAAACUGGAACUCUUACUAAUGAUUCUAUGGAAAUUUAUGGGUAUUGUGAUUAUCUAUGCAAUUAAAUUAAACAAAAAUUAGCUUUCGAAAGUGAAAAAGAAAAAUUGUUGCACAAAUUCUUUGGGUCAUGCCACGGUGUCUAUUUAGUCAACGGAGAGAAUUUAGGGGAUGAAUUAGACAUAAGAAUGUUGGAGUUCUCGCAAUAUAAGAUUUUACCAGAAGAAUCAAAAGAAUUUAAAUUCAAAGUAUAAAGGUAAAGCGACAAUUCUCUUUUGACAAUUUAUAAAGUUUGGGAAUUUGAAAGCUCUUUACAAAGAAUGACUGUCAUUAUGAAUGAUGAACAAGAUUAAAAAAUGUAUGGAAUUGUUAAAGGUUCUCCUGAAAAAAUAUUUGAUAUGUGCAACAAAAAUAGCAUAGAUUAACAAAACUACAAAAAAAUGUUAAAUGAACUUACAAAUAAAGGUCUUAGAGUUAUUGCAUUCGGAUAUAAAGAAAUAAAUAAUAAAGAAUUAUUGAGAAAUGAUGUUGAGUAAGACAUACAAUUUUUAGGUUUAUUUGUAUUAGAAAAUAAAUUAAAAGUAGAUACUAGUGAAGUAAUUUUGCGUUUAUAAAAUGGUAGCAUCUAAUGUAAAGUAAUUUCAGGUGAUAAUCUUUUAACUACUAUAUAAUGCGCUAAGGAAGCCAAUAUUUUAGCAGAUGAGCCAUCUCAUAUUUUAGUUUGCAAUUAGAUGAGUGAUUGUUACAUUUAAUCUUCUUUAGAAAAAAUUCAAGAUCCUCUAAAAUUGAUAGCUUCUUAAGAAGUACAGAAGUACAGUCUUGGAAUAACAGGCCAAUUUUUAGAACAAAUUCUAAAUAAUUUGGAAAACAGAACUGGAUAGGUUGAAAAAUAGACUUUGAAAAAUCUUUUAACAAAUACAACUGUAUUUUCAAGGUGUAAACCUAAGCAAAAGGCUGAAAUAAUUUAUCUAUUAUAAACAAUUUUGAAUGAAAAAGUUGGUAUGAUUGGAGAUGGUGCUAAUGAUUGUUCUGCUAUAAAAUAAGCUGAUAUAGGAAUAUCAUUCACGAAAACAGAUGCCUCUUACUCUUCCCCAUUUUCUUAUUCUGAAAGUAGUUUAGAAUGUGUUAUCAAAGUUUUAGCUGAAGGAAGAUGCACUCUCAGUAAUAUGAUAGAGGUCUUUAAAAACUACUUAACUAUGAAUAUGUUGAAAUUUGUUGGAGCAUCAAUCUUAAUAUUAGAGCUUUCUCAUUUAUCUAAUUUUUAAAUUACCUUCUAAAAUUACUUGCAAAUAGUUCCUUUCUUUUUGAUGCUUUCUUUAUGUAGGCCUCUUAAUGAUCUUACUCCAUACAGACAGAUAACAAAUAUGAUGGGUAUUAUUUUUAUUUUUUCUUAAAUCGGUCAAUAAAUAUUUUUAUUAAUUUUUAAAGGUAUUGAGAAUUUUUUCAGUGUUCUUGGACUUAUUAUUAUAUCUAGUGGUUAAAUUUUGACAAGUUACUUUUAUCUAAGAAGCUAAAGCUGGUAUAUUUAAAAUACUGAAAUCCCUUCUAACGAUUAAUUCAUUUAGCAUGGAUAAGCUUUAGGCAUAAUAUUUUUGUCAACAACUUUAGCUUUUGAUUUUAUUUUGUUUAGCUUAUAUUUAUCUUAUCCUAUAAAGCAGAGGAUUUACUAAAAUUAUAUACUCUUUGCAGCUUUAACUGCCAUCUUCAUUUACAUGUUCUUUGUCUAUCUACUUCCAGAAUAAUCAGGUUAAACGUUUUUAGACUUAGACAAAGAAACUGUCAGUCACAAGAAGUUUAUGGCCAUUUAAUUGAUAAUUGCUUUGUGCUUUGGGUUCGGAAUGAUCUUAUACGAGGAUUUUAUAGUUAAAAGAUAUUUAGGUCCUUGUAAAAAAAGCCCUAAUACUUUAAAAAAAACAAAUUCUUCAAUGAAAUAGAUUUCCAAAGAAUAAAACUGA